ACUUCCCCUUGUGCGCUUUGUGUUGCCCUGCACGGGAGGGCUCCAAGCCUGGCCUCAGCCCUCUCCCCAGAAAUCGCAUCCUGACUGCUGGGACAAGGUCCUGGAAGAGCUUCUGGAGAGUUCCUGAAGGAGAGAAUAGUUUCCAAAUUCUAGAGUGGCUUCUGAUGUUCGGGUUCCUUGGCCAAAAAGAACCUGAGGGUGUGGCAGGCAGUGCACACCACUUUGAUAGUUGAAGGAAGUAGGAGAUGCACAAGUUGAAUAUUGCAAAGCUGAGUGAGAGUAAGUUGUGGUUUGCACAGACCAUUCCUGUUAUGAGCUGGACUUCCCCAAGGCAUCACAGCUGUCAGAAACCUAAUUUAAAAUUUACCAAGAGUGAUUAAAGACAAUGGAUCCAGACUUUUUAAAUGCAUUUACACAGCCUUCUACACUUGAUCGGUUCCUAACAGAGGAUGUCAUCCCUAAAGGUGAGAAGAGGAAACUCAUAAAACCCACCUCAAGCAACAACCCCAAACUGGAAGAAUUGAAACUGCUCUUGACUGAGUGGAUCAACAGAACUCUGAAAGAGGAACAUAUAGUAGUUAAAAGUCUGGAGGAAGACCUGUAUGAUGGGCUGGUACUUCAUCAUCUCCUGGAAAACUUAGGAUGUGUCAAGCUGGAUGUUGAAAAGAUUGCAUUAACAGAAAAGAAACAGCGACAGAAACUCUCUGUGAUUCUGGAAGCUGUGGCCAAGUGUUUGCAACUGGAAGAAAGUCAGCUGAAAUGGAGUGUGGAAACUAUCUUGGCAAAGGACUUGCUGAGCACCCUGCAUCUUCUGGUUGCAAUAGCAAAGCACUUUGAACCCACCCUGGCCUUGCCUCCAAAUGUUCAAGUGGAGACAAUCACCAUCGAGACCACCUCUGGAGGACUGAAGACAUCAAAUGCAGUGGAAUAUAUCACAGAAAACAAAGAGAAUAUAGAAGCACAGUCAAAAGAUGAUGCCUUUGAUGAAUUAUUUAGCUGUGCUCCAGAUAAACUGGAUGCUGUAAAAAAGGCACUUUUGCAGUUUGUUGACCAGCAUGUUGGAAAAUUAGGAUUAAAUGUGAAAGACAUCGAAUCCCAGUUUUCAGAUGGGGUUAUCUUACUUCUCUUAAUUGGACAACUAGAGGGUUACUUUCUGAAUUUAAGGAAUUUCUUCCUGACUCCGGCCAGCACCAUGGAGAUGCUCCACAACGUUAACCUUGCAUUGGAGUUGCUAGCAGAGGCAGGACUUCUGAAUUUUCCUGUGAACUCUGAAGAUAUUGUGAACGGAGAUACGAAGGCUAUAAUGAGAGUACUGUAUUGCUUGUACUCCAAAUACAGACCCAAAGAAGCAUGAAGAACAAGGCCAAGAGCUUGAGCUGCCUUUUUUGUGUGUGUGUGGUUUUAUUUGUUUGUUUGAAAUAUAUAUAUAUAUAUAUUUUCCUCUAUCUCUAGCAGGCCAUGGUGUGAUUUUUGGAUUCCCAGCUCUGUUUGCCACUGUUCCUGGGCAUGCACUGGUGUUUGAUACUUGCUGUGUUAACAUUGUAUAGCAAAUGUGUCAUUCAUGCAAGGUUUCACAUACACAGCCUGAGCAACUGUAAAUGUGUGUCCACAGCUGGAGUACUGUGUAAUUCUAGGGCUCUAGCUCUUGUUCCAGAUCCUGCCUUCUGUUUCCUCUGAACCCCUCCAAUGUUUCAAAGAAAUUAAAUGUGUGUUUGUUUAUUCUGGGCUCUGCGUUCUUUGCUCCUGAAGGUGACUUUGAAAGUUGUUGCAUUCUCCCCAUUUUCCUGCUUUGGGAAGUCAUUUGGGAAACUAGAGAGAAGAAGUGGGAAGGCUGAGACACACUUGAAGUUCAAAAUCUGCUUUAGAGAGGUGGCCAGUACUGUCAGACAGGAGGGUAUGAACUGGAUGCCAAAUGACAUCAAAAAUGAAACCUGAACUUACCAAGUGCUUGAUAAGAAUUUCAGUGCUCAUUUGCUCCAAUAUAGAAAAGGCACUUAGCACAAUAUGCUGGUGUGAGCUGUGCAGGAACGGGGAGUUCUCCUGCACAGCUGUAGAAAGAUGCCAUUAUUUCCUUGCCAAGCCAGUGCCAAACCAUGUCCAGCUCCAUUUGCAGCCCUGGCACAAGCUCUGGCUAGCAGGGAUGCCAAACCCUGUCAGGCAUGUUGUGAGAGGGAGUCACACGUUUACACUUUGUCUGCAAUGAAAGGUGGGCAGAUGCUGGCUGAAUUCAGCUUCCCACCACUCCUGACAGCUGCAUCUUCUCAAACUCCUCAGGCUCUCCUAGGUGAAUUUAACCAGCCUCUACUCAGAGCCUCUCAGCAGUUUCCUCUGGAUUCAUCAAGAUUAUUGAUUAGUUAUUAGUGGCCACCCUUGGUCUUGGUCUUUCUUGGGGGAUUUAAAUCAGAACUUCAGAACUCCUUUCAAAACCUCCAUCUGCUCUCUUGACCUUCAACUUAUGUCAUGUUGCAUAAAACUAGAGAUAUAAUUAGGAAGAAAAAAAGCUGCUUUUUUUUUUUUUUUUUUUUUUUUUUUUUUUUUUUUUUUUUUUU